GAGGAGGCCCGCCCUGCGCAGUCCGCCGCAGCGCUCGCUCUCACCGGUUUCUGUCCCUCCGCCGCUGCCGUAGCGGGCGGCCCUCGCGCCAGUCCCGGGGCGGUCGCUGGCUGUUGGUGGCUGCGGGUGCUCCCCGCCAUGUUGUGCCAGGCGGCCGUCCUCAGCGCGCCCGUACCGGGGCAGUUUGACGACGCCGAGUGCUCCGACGGUGAACUUACUCAGGACACAGAAACACCCGUGGAAGAUGGGGUCGCUGAGAAUUGCCAGUCACGCUUGCACGAAGGAGUCAAUGCUGAGGAAGGAGACGGUGACGAUGAUAACGAUGAUGAAGAGGAGGGUGAUGAUGACUGGGACUGGGAUGAUGAGAUGGGAAGACUCAUGAAGUGCCACAGUACUGCUGCUGGAUGCAAUCCACAGGCAAAUAGACAGAACCCUAGUUACUGUUCAGCAAAAAUGUCAACCCCUACAGACAAGGCUUUGAGGAAAUUUGAACAUAAAAUUAAUUUGGAUAAGCUGAAUUUUGAUGACUCUGUUAUAAACAGAGUCACAGAAAAGUCUAGACAGAAGGAAGCAGACAUGUACCGAGUCAAAGAUAAGUCAGACAGAGCAACAGUAGAACAAGUGUUGGAUCCAAGGACUCGAAUGAUUCUGUUUAAGAUGCUAACAAGAGGCGUCAUAUCAGAAAUCAAUGGCUGCAUCAGCACAGGGAAAGAAGCCAACGUAUAUCAUGCCAGUACUUCGGAUGGAGAGAAUAGAGCAAUAAAGAUUUACAAAACAUCUAUUCUGAUGUUCAAGGAUCGGGAUAAGUAUGUGAGUGGGGAAUUCAGAUUUCGUCAUGGAUAUUGCAAAGGCAACCCAAGAAAAAUGGUGAAGACAUGGGCUGAAAAAGAAAUGAGGAAUUUAAUAAGGUUGAAUACAGCCCAGAUACCUUGCCCAGAGCCAAUUAUGCUAAGAAGUCAUGUGCUUGUCAUGGGCUUUAUUGGUAAAGGUGAUAGGCCUGCUCCUCUGCUGAAGAAUGCUCAGUUAUCUGACUCGAAAGUCCGGGAGCUGUACCUGCAAAUCAUCCAGUACAUGAGAAGAAUGUACCAAGAUGCCAGACUUGUUCAUGCAGAUCUCAGUGAAUUUAAUAUGCUGUACCACAGCGGGGACGUGCACAUCAUCGACGUGUCUCAGGCAGUGGAGCAUGACCAUCCACAUGCACUGGAGUUUCUGCGAAAGGACUGUGCCAAUGUUAAUGGCUUUUUCCGAAAGCACAAUGUUGCGGUGAUGACUGUGAGGGAGCUGUUUGAGUUUAUUACUGAUCCUUCUAUCACAAGUGAGAACCUUGAUGACUAUCUGUCAAAGGCAAUGGAAAUAGCAUCAAAAAGAACAGAGGAGGAAAGAUCCAGUCAAGAUAAAGUGGAUGAGGAAGUGUUUAAGAAGGCUUACAUACCUCGCACAUUGACCGAUGUUAAAAACUAUGAGAGAGAUGUGGAUAUAAUGAUGAAACUGAAAGAAGAGGAUAUGGCAUUGAGUGUUCAGCAAGAUAAUAUUCUCUACCAGACUGUGACAGGGCUGAAGAAGGAUUUGUCUGGUGUUCAGAAGAUUCCUGCACUUCUUGAGAAGGCAGAUGAGUCAGAAACAGGCUCUGAUUAUGAACACAGCAGUUCAGAGGACUCUGAUUCAGAUUGUAAAGAAUCUUGGAAUCCCAAAGAUCUUCCUGCUGAAGUUACCAUGGAUAAAAAGGAAAGGAAAAAGAUGGUCAAAGAAGCCCAAAGAGAGAAGAGAAAAAACAAAAUUCCAAAGCAUGUGAAGAAGCGGAAAGAAAAGACUGCAAAAAUGAAGAAAGGCAAAUAAAAUCAGCUUUGGCUUGGGGAAUGGGCUGGCUUGUUGUUGGUUAAUUAGUCACCAUCUUUUAUAAUUAAAUCUUUUAUUUAUAUACAUACAGUAUUAACCAUGAGGGUGGUUUCACUAAUAAGGUGGUGUAAUUAUUUGAACAGAAUAUAUGCCAUUUUUUUUAAUAGGAAAGAAUGAGUUUAACAUACUUGUGCUUGUUAAAAUCUUUCACAUGUGCAGAUUCAGCCUGUUGUUAGACUCACAUGGAUUUGUCGCUGGGGUCUUACUCCCCUGCCUUACGCUGUGGGGGAUGUACAACUUAAGUGGUCCUCUGCAGGCUGUCACCUCACCUGCAGGUAACCCUGCAGACAUUGUGCCCUUGCUGCCUCUCUGCGCUUGCAUCACCUUUGAUAUUAUCUUACUGAAAACGGAGUUUCAUGAUUGGGAAGGCAGCUGUCCUCACCGCCCAGUGCCCUUGUGAAGCAAUCAGGCAGGCAUACCUAAGCAGACCAAAGCCAUGAUUUUUUGCUGGAGUUCCUUUUGCAACAUGGGGCUCUGUUGCUCUUAAGGGUAGUAUGAGACAGUUUUUUGUAAGCUGAUUGAAUGAGUAUUUGCAAGAUUAAUUGUGUGUGUUCAAAUCCAAACCUCUCUGUGCGAAAGACUGUGCUAGGAGUUGUGGUGUGACUCAGCAUUACUGGUCCAUGUGGUAAGGUGCCCCAGCACCUCAGGGAGGAGUUGGCAGAGCUCUGCUCAUAACUGACCCACUUGUGUUGGAGCAGAGGUGCCAUACAGAGACAGCCCACCUUUUCUCUUGGCAGCUGCUGAGGCUGACAGACGUUUUGGGAGAGGUGUCAUCGUCAUGCAUCAACCAUCUUUUCCUGCUGCCUAUGGUUUCAGAACUCCCUGUGCCAGCACAGAGAAGGGUUCUGAUUUCAGUAAAUGUCUUUUUUUUUUUUUUGUAAUGUUGGGGUGGAGUUGAUGCCCUGGGGAUUACACUUCUGGGACACACAUUGUCUGAUGACAGAGGAAAGCUUUUAUCCAUCAGUGCAUAUCCAACAAUGAUGGGUUGGCCAGGGGCAGGGUGAAGCUUCCUUCUCUCUACUCACCUUCCACACCCAAAAGAGAUUGCAAGAUGGCCAUAGGCAGCCACCCUGGGAAAGAUUGAGAUGUCCAAUUGCAUGUGUGGUUGCUCCACUCAAGAAUAUAUUCCUCAAGGAAAUAUGGUCUGGUUGCACUCCCCAGUUUGACCUCUACAACCCUGUUGGUGCCUGUGGCUAGAAAUAUGGUAAGGCAGGAACUGGUCAGUGCUUCCAGACACCUCCCUCCCUUUAUCCUAAUCCCUACAGGAACUGACAGACUCUGUUGUGUACAGUGUGCAUGUAAGUGUAGUCUGUGUUGCAGGAGCAUGUUGGGUGGCAAGAUGAGUAUUGCCUCAGCAAAUGGGGAUGUUUGUUGGGAGAAUAAGAAAAAAUGCAUGUAUUUUGGAAAAUAGCAUUACAUGAGGUGCAGGAAAGGGGAGAGGCUCUACCUUGGUAGUGAAGGGAAAGGGCGGUAUAAGACCUACAUGCUGAGGUGAGCGGGUAGUGCUAAUAGUGUUUUGUCUUAUGCCAGGGCUGAGGUGAUCCUAGCUGCAUAAACGUAUUUCCUGCUUUUGCUUGCCAUCACAGGAGCUUGUGCAGUGAUAUAAUCAGGCAAAGGUGGCCUUGGCUGCCAUAGCUGUGGUUGGUAGUGUUUCUAGGUGCCGUGCUGGAAGUGAUUGAACAAAUAAAGGCUUUGUGCCCUUUGCCA